GGCGGGUUUUGCAUUUAGGUUGUAGAACGAAACGAAGGAAGAAACGAAAAAAAUCCUAAACCCUAGCACCUUCCUUCCUUACAAUGGCGGAUCUUCCGCCGGAAAUUCUCUCCGAAAUCUUCUCCCGUUUACCGGUAAAAUCACUUCUCCGAUUCCGAUCAACCUCAAAAUCACUUAAAUCCUUAAUCGAUUCUCACAAAUUCAUCAACCUUCACCUUCAAAAUUCCCUCAAUUUUAACCUCAUCCUCCGUCGCAAAACCGACCUCUACCACCUCCAUUUCCCUAACCUAACCACCGCUGUUCCACUCAACCAUCCUUUCAUCCACCACAGCAACAACAUCGCUCUUCUUGGUUCAUGCAAUGGCCUCCUCGCCAUCUCCAAUGGCGAAAUCGCUUUCACUAACCCUUACUCCGCCAAUGAAAUCGCAUUCUGUAAUCCUACCAUCCGUAAACAUCGGAUUAUCCCUUAUCUCCCUCUUCCUAUUCCCUCUCGUUCUCAAUCUGACAACAUCGCUUUAUGCGUUCACGGAUUCGGUUUUGAUUCAUUAUCCGCCGAUUACAAACUCCUCAGAAUCUCUUGGUUCGUCGAUCUACAACACCAUACUUUUGAUAAUUCACAUUUGACACUCUUCAGCUCGAAAACAAACUCUUGGAAAACACUUCCGGAUAUGCCGUAUAUUCUUUACUAUACUCUAACCAUGGGUGUUUUUGUUGAGAAUUCUCUUCACUGGAUAAUGACUCCGAAACUUGAUGGGUUACAACCUUGUUUAAUUGCUGCGUUUAAUCUAUCACUUGAGAUUUUCAAUGAGGUUCCUCUUCCUGAUGAAAUAAUUAGUAAUGAGAGUUUUAAAAUUUCUAUUGCUGUUUUGGGAGGGUGUCUUUGUUUGCCUGUGAAUUAUCAAACUACUAAAAUUGAUGUUUGGGUGAUGAAAGAAUAUGGCUGUAGAGAUAGUUGGUGUAAACAUUUUACUUUGGUUAAAUCGUGUUUAGAUUUUUUGAGGCCUUUAGGUUAUUGUAGUGAUGGAAGUAAGGUUCUAUUGGAAAUCGAUUGUAAGAAGUUGUUUUGGUAUGAUUUGAAGAGUGAACAAAUUAGUUAUGUUGAAGGAAUUCCUAAUUUGGAUGACACUAUGAUUUGUGUUGGAAGUCUUGUUUCACCUUCCUUACCUGUUGAUAAUCGUAGGAAGAAGCAGAAUCGUACAAGCAAGGGAAGGGAUGACUUCUUGUCCCGAGGAUUUAAAUUGAGACUGUAAGGGAUGGAAGGAAGAACGUGUGAAGUGCAGCUGAAACAGGAUGCUCCAGUUGUUUCUUGUGAUGGAAUUAGUCACCUUGGUUUGUAGGAAAGGUUGAAUUGAUAAUGUUGUAGGCGUACCCAUUUUAUCCCUCUUUUUUUUUUUUUUU